AUGAACCAAGCCGUAAUGUGUAUUACAUGUGGCAAGUGUCCUCCACAACAAAAUAAUUUACAUAUGUGUAAUAAAUGUAACACUAAAUUUGAAGAUAAUAUGAAACCUUUAGAUGAUGUUAAAGAGGAUUUGGACAAUUAUCUGAAUGAAAAUCAACCGACAACUAUGAAUAAUUUAACAAAAAAAAAUGAACGUGAAGAUUUACAGCCUAAAACUGGUCACUUAACACAAAUGACUGAAGAUACAAAACCAGUAUGUUGUCAUCUUAUGAUCAGAGAAAAAUACUAUGCUAUUCAAAUUAAUGACAACGUACGAGGAAUAUAA